AUGAGUGACUCACCCAAUGCUGUGUCUGCAGCCGAUUAUGAUCCUUCAAAAGACCGCAUUGCAGAUGAUGGUCGUCGACUGUCUCAUCGUCAUCAAGGUGCUGGUGAUCAAGUGACUAGCGACAAGGAGGAGUUGUUGAAAAGCAAAGAUCAUCAAGAGUCUCAGCAGCAACCCAAGAAAGAAAUUGACAUGUUUGCAGACGAUUUCGACAUGUUUUCGACGGAGGAUAUUCAUGAUCCUAAGGCAUUACUUGUAAACACGGCUGCGAACGUGCCUAUCAACAACAAUCCAAGCUUAUUAGAUAACUGGGAUGAUUCAGAAGGGUAUUACAAUGUGCGUAUUGGCGAAGUGUUAGAUAACCGUUAUCAGACAAUGUCCAAUUUGGGUCGCGGCGUGUUUAGUGCUGUAGUUAAAGCCAAGGAUCUGCAGACGAACGAAGAAGUGGCGAUUAAGAUCAUCCGCAACAACGAGACCAUGUACAAAGCAGGGAUCAAGGAACUCGGAUUUCUGAAAAAGCUGAUGGAAACGGAUCCCGAGAAUAAGAAGCAUGUUAUUAGGCUCUUGCGCCACUUUGAGUAUCGUAACCAUCUUUGUUUGGUGUUCGAAAGUCUCAGUAUGAAUCUACGCGAUGUACUGAAAAAGUAUGGCAAAGACGUCGGUAUCAGUAUAAAGGCGGUGAGAGUUUAUGCUCAGCAGCUGUUCUUGAGUCUAUCUUUGUUGAAGCGCUGCAACAUUCUGCAUGCCGAUAUCAAACCUGACAACGUUCUAGUAUCGGAGUCGAAGAAUAUACUCAAGCUAUGCGAUCUGGGUUCGGCAUCUGAUGCCAGCGACAAUGAAAUAACUCCCUACCUGGUAUCGCGUUUCUAUCGUGCCCCUGAAAUCAUCAUGGGAUUAUCGUAUGACUAUGCAAUCGACGUUUGGUCUGCAGCAUGUACCCUCUACGAGAUGUUCACUGGAAAGAUUUUGUUCCCUGGUAGAAGCAAUAAUCAAAUGCUGAAACACAUUAUGGAGGUCAAGGGUCGAUUUUCGAACAAGUUGGUUCGCAAAGGCCAAUUCGGAUCGCAGCACUUUGACGAAGAUAAUAACUUUAUCUCUGUCGAGAUUGACCGACUGUCAAACAAGGAAUUCGUCAAGAAAAUGACGCUUGUCAAGCCCACCCGUGACAUCAAGGGUCGGAUUAUGGCCGCCUCCUCGGCCGGCGUGACGGAAGAAGAAGGUCGGCUCCUUUUGGCGUUUAUUGAUUUUCUGGACAAGUGUUUGAUGUUAAGCCCGGAUAAGCGCAUGACACCCAAGGAAGCCCUAGCCCAUCCAUUUAUCACUGGCAAGAUCUAA